UUAGUAUUUUUAUUUGUGUUGAACAAAAUUUUAAAGAAAAAUGGCCGAGAUUAAAAACAAUAGCAGUCAACAACCAAUCGUCAAAAUAGGCCAUUAUAUACUCGGACAGACCCUCGGUGUUGGGACAUUUGGCAAGGUUAAAAUUGGUGAACAUCAGCUCACCAAACACAAGGUUGCAGUCAAAAUACUUAACAGACAAAAAAUCAAAAGUCUAGACGUAGUUGGAAAAAUUCGGCGAGAAAUUCAAAAUCUCAAACUCUUCCGUCAUCCUCAUAUAAUUAAAUUGUACCAAGUUAUUAGCACCCCUACAGAUAUAUUUAUGAUAAUGGAGUAUGUAUCUGGUGGAGAAUUAUUUGAUUACAUAGUAAAACAUGGUAAACUUAAAGAAUUUGAGGCUCGUCGAUUUUUUCAACAAAUUAUAUCUGGCGUUGACUAUUGUCACCGGCACAUGAUUGUGCAUAGAGAUUUAAAACCAGAAAACCUAUUAUUAGAUCAUAAUCUACAUGUGAAAAUUGCUGAUUUUGGUUUAUCUAACAUGAUGAUGGACGGCGAGUUUUUAAGGACAAGUUGUGGUUCACCUAACUACGCAGCUCCAGAAGUUAUUUCUGGAAAGUUGUAUGCUGGACCGGAGGUUGACAUUUGGUCAUGCGGUGUUAUUUUAUAUGCAUUAUUAUGCGGUUCUCUGCCUUUUGAUGAUGAACAUGUGCCAACUUUAUUUAGAAAAAUUAAAUCUGGUAUUUUUCCUAUACCGGAUUAUUUGAAUAAAUCAGUUGUCAGUUUAUUGUGUCAUAUGUUACAAGUUGAUCCGAUGAAAAGAGCUUCGAUCGAAGAUAUUAAAAAACACGAAUGGUUUCAAUUUGAACUACCCGCGUAUCUUUUCCCAUCUCCAGUUGACCGAGACUCAUCUGUUAUCGAUACAGACGCUGUUAAUGAAGUCUGUGAGAAAUUUAGUGUAAAAGAUUCUGAGGUUCAUAAUGCAUUAUUGAGUGGUGAUCCACAUGAUCAAUUAGGAAUCGCAUACCAUUUAAUUAUUGAUAACAAACGAAUUGCGGAUGAAGCGGCUAAAGCAGAACUCAAAGAUUUUUACAUCGCUAGUAGUCCACCUCCUACAAUUGGAAGUCCUGAUGUAUCAACUUUAAACACAAUUUCUAAACCACAUCCUGAAAGAAUUUUAUCUAUGAGAGAACGAGCUUUAUCUAUUGACCAAAGUGUCCGAGGAUCACCAAUGAAAAAAGCUAAAUGGCAUUUAGGCAUAAGAUCUCAAAGUAGACCUACAGACAUCAUGAAUGAAGUUUAUAGGGCAAUGAAAGCAUUGAAUUUCGAAUGGAAAGUCAUAAACCCUUAUCUUAUUCAAGUAAGACACAUGAAUAAAAAAACUGAUAAUUAUACUAUGAUCUCAUUGCAACUGUACCAAGUGGAUUACAAAAGUUAUUUGUUGGAUUUUAAAAGCUUAAAUGCUUUAACUCACGAUCAAGCAGAAAAUGCAAAUAGGGAUGGAAAUGUAACUACACUGGCUAUAGACACCUCUAAAGGUAUAGAUUUUGACAGUCAAUCACCAAGACAAGAUAUUGUAAAAUAUCAGCAAGACAUUGUACAACCUCCCAAAAAAUGUGAAGGUCAUUAUACAAUGGAGUUUUUUGAAAUGUGUGCUGCUUUGAUCACCCAACUUGCCCAUUAGUUAAUUAACAGAAAUUUGUUAUUGUUAUAAUUUUUCAAUAUCAUUAGUAGGUACCAUAUACCAAAUUAUUAAAGAAAUAUUAUGUCUGGUUUGUUAUUCAAUCAUUUUCUUUA